AUGGCUGUUGGAAAGAACAAGCGCCUAUCUAAGGGUAAGAAGGGUAUCAAGAAGCGCACCGUCGACCCCUUCACCCGCAAGGAUGAGUACUCUGUGAAGGCUCCUUCCACCUUCCAGACCCGCGAUGUCGGCAAGACUCUGGUCAACCGCACCAGCGGUUUGAAGAAUGCCAACGACUCCCUCAAGGGCCGUAUCUUCGAGGUCUCUCUCGCCGACCUCCAGAACGAUGAGGACCACUCCUUCCGCAAGGUCAAGCUCCGCGUCGAUGAGAUCCAGGGCAAGAACUGCUUGACCAACUUCCACGGCUUGGACUUCACCACCGACAAGCUCCGUUCUCUCGUCCGCAAGUGGCAGUCCUUGAUCGAGGCCAACGUCACCGUGAAGACCACUGACGACUACCUCCUCCGCCUGUUCGCCAUUGCCUUCACCAAGAGACGUCCCAACCAGAUCAAGAAGACCACCUACGCCCGCUCGUCUCAGAUUCGCGCCAUCCGCAAGAAGAUGACCGAGAUCAUCCAGCGCGAGGCUGCUACCUGCACCCUGUCUCAGCUCACCCACAAGCUCAUCCCCGAGGUUAUUGGACGUGAGAUCGAGAAGUCCACCCAGGGCAUCUACCCCCUGCAGAAUGUCCACAUUCGCAAGGUUAAGCUGCUCAAGUCCCCCAAGUUCGAUCUCGGUGCUCUCCUUGCUCUGCACGGCGAGUCCUCCACUGAUGACAAGGGCCAGAAGGUUGAGCGGGAGUUCAAGGAGACGGUCCUCGAGAAUGUUUAA